CCGGAACAGUUGAUAAUUUUUUUUCAAACUUGAAAACAUGAUGGAAGGUUAAUGUAACGUUUUGGUCGUCAGUGAUCCGGAACAAUUGAUAAUUUUUUUUUAUACUUCGAGAAACAGAAAAGGGACAUUUCAGUACAAAAUUUAUUCUACAUCUUGCGCACAGAAUUGUAUUAUUCGUACCAUGUCUUCGAUACACAUUGACGGAAACUUAGGCGAAGGUGGUGGUCAGGUAUUAAGAAUAGCACUUUGCUUGAGUGCAUUACACAAAAUUCCAGUUAAAAUCUAUAACAUACGAGCUGGUCGUCCUAAAUCUGGACUUGCUGCGCAACAUUUGAAAGGAGUGGAAUUGUUGAGAGAUAUGUGUAAUGCAGAAGUUCAUGGUGCUUACAUAGGCUCGACAGUUUUAGAAUUCAAGCCUGGUCAAUUAAACAAGAGACACAUGUUCCUUAUGGAUACAGGAACUGCUGGUUGUAUUUGUUUAUUGGCUCAAGUAGCUUUACCUUGUGCUCUUUUCCUCCCACAAAAAGAUAUAGUCACGUUAAUUUUCAAAGGUGGUACGAACGUUCCAAUGGGGCCACACAUCGAAUAUUUUACAAAGAUAUUCAGACCGUUACUUAAUAAAUUUGGAGCUGACUUUGAUUUUAGAGUUGUAACAAGGGGUUAUUACCCAAAGGGUGGUGGAGAGGUACAUCUCUACAUUAAGCCUGUAUAUACUUUGAAAGCUAUUAAUUUAAUUGAACCAGGAAUUCCACAUGAAAUAACAGGUUGGGCAUAUGUUGCGGGUGUCGUUCAUAUUAAGGAAGCGUAUAGAAUGGCAAAUGAUGUAAAAUCAACUCUGACAAUAGGUUUAAAGGAAUUUAAUAUUCCAGUGCCGCCUAUAAGUAUCGAAGUUUACAAAGAGGAUAGAUCUGUAGCUGUUGGUAAUGGAUCUGGCAUCAAUGUAAUGUGCGCUACAACUAGUGGAUGUAUUAUUGGUGCGUCAGGAUUGGGUCCUGGAUGUCUAGAACAAGUACCAGGUAUACAGGCAGCUAAUGAAAUUUUGGAUACGAUAUUAGCAAGAUCUUGCAUCGACGAACAUGCACAAGAUCAGCUAAUUAUUCUUAUGGCUCUAGCCAAAGGUAUUUCCAAAAUUAAUCUUGGAAAUAGAAAGCUCACUUGUCACACCGAAACAGCUAUAAGAGUGACAGAAUUGAUCUUAAAACAAUUUAAUCUCCAUUUUAAGUUAUCUGAAAAUAAAGAUGAUGAAGGUAAUGCUUCAUAUAGUUUAGAAUGUGAAGGUUGCGGAUACGAAAAUAAAAAUAUAAAAUAAAUAACAAAAUUAAUUAUAAAUUAAAAUUUAUAGAAUGUCUUUUCUUUUUUGCAAUAUUUAUGUAUAUAAUUUUUAAUUAAAUCAAUAAAUGAAUUCUAGUCAUAAGAUGUCUCGAUAAGAAUUAUCAUUCUUGUUUUUGUCUAAAGAAUGGUUCUAUCGUUCGCAAGAAUUCUCUUUCAAACACUUCGUCCGAAAACCGAUUUACGGAUGCUCUGUAAAAAUAAUUUAUAUCUGGAAUGCAUGUUAAUAAUUUGUGCCAUAAUUGUUGCGUACUCUUCAGCUUCUGUAGCUAAAAAUCCAUUUUGUGAUCCUGGUUGUAUUUCUAUUAUAUCAGCCCUUGGCCCACCAGAAGCAUGAGCUAUUACAAUUAAUCCCGCUGCCAUGCAUUCAACAACGCUUAUGCCAAAAUGUUCAUUCCACAUUGUAUGCAAUCCUAUCAUUGCCCGUUGAAAUUCCGAUAGAAGUUCCGAGUAUGGUACGUUCAGUUUAAAUUCUACAUUUUCAUCUAAUGCAAAAUGUUUUGAUAAAUCCUGCAUAUCUUUCAUACGUAUUUCAUCUUCAAAAUUUCGACAGGAACCAAUAAGAAUUAAACUUACUUUCUCCCAAAUUUCUUCUUGGACAAUUGAUCUAAGCUCAUACAUUGCUUUCAACAUUAAUGGAUGAUUCUUUUCUGGUCUAAAUUGGGCAACUGAUAAUAUACGAAUGUUCUUACAUUUUUCAUCAUCAUCGGGAAGCGACAGGGAUGUCAAGUGCUUUACAUUGCAUGGUGGAUAAAUUUUAUGAGUUCUCAAUGGGCAUUUCCAAAUUGCGUUAAUAUGUUCUUCAGUCCAUGAAGAAUUAACCAUUAUAAUUUCUGCUCUGCUACCAACCCAACCAUAUAUAAGUCCAAAUAAUUUAUAAUAAACAAGUUUGGCUGCUGAUAAAAAUGGAUUUCUAGCUAUAACUCUUCUGUUAGUAUGUGAGACAGUUCUUCUAUAAACGUGUCUCAACAUGUCGGUUGAAAUUGUAGGAUAGUGAGUAUAUGUUGCUAUUCGACAUCCACCAAUAUAUCUAAAUAAUGGAUACGUAAAUGCAUAACCCAUGGUAUCAAUGUAAAUGUCUGGUACGAAAGUAUUUAAAGCUUCAAGGGCUAGCCAAAGUGAUCCCAAACUCUGCCCCAAAAGUGUGAAAUAUGGAUACAUUGAUGGUUCUACCCAUUUGCGUCCAUGCAAAUAUAUAAAUUCAAUCUUCUGCUCAAUUUUGUAAUUAAAUACUUUUUCAGCCCUGUUUAAAAUUUGUUCUGGAUGCGCAUCAAGAUCUCCAGUAUAGAUAACUAUGUGUACAUUGGGAUAUCUGUUUUGAAUAGCACUGACUGCAGCCCAAAGUACUCUUUCACCACCACCGCCAGAAUUGCAAUAAGGAUGAAAGAAAGCUACUACUGUUUCGCUGUGCGUUCUAUCCGCUCGCAUUUUGGAGUAUUGUUUCCUCAACAUUAAUAAUAAAAUAGAUAAGAUAAUAAGUACGCAAAACAUCUUACACAGAACUAUCCCUAUCAACAUAUUUAACGAAAAUACCAUGCGUAUCAUGAAGAAAUGGAAAUUCAUUUUCUCGGUUUUAAAACAACUUUAAAUGGCACGUAUUUCUUUACAAUCUUCUGCACGAGUUUACUGAAAGUAUUCCUUUAUUUAGUAUCCUCUAAUUAGUAUUGUGCUCAUUGUUUCGUAUAAUGUUCAACACAUAUAUUUCGUCUUUCACGAAAUCAACGCGAUAACUGAUGAAGUUCAAUGAAUGGCAUGUCCCUACGAAAUAAGAUAUAUGAAUUUUCUGAUUUGUUCGACGAUAAUUUUAAGUUAUCUCCUAAAAAGAUAUUUUGUGUCACGUAGCUUCUGAUGUAACUUUGCCUCUACUUUACUACCUUAACUCUAGGUUAGGCUAACAGCUGUUAGAUGCAUAUGACAUUUAAAUUCAAUAUUAUUCUCGAAUUCAGUGGCAAAUUUAGUGGUAAAUUUACGUGAAAAUAUUUUAACAUUCAAUUUGUGUACAUACAAGAGGUGUUUUGUUAUUAUUGCAAGAAAUUUUCUGUUAUUAUUACACGAAACGUGUAAUCACGCAAAAACUUAAUUUCUUAAAUUAAAUUCGGAUGUUAUUUUGAAGUUUUAAAUUAGUUUCACCACUUUUACGGUCAAUCUACUUCCGUAGAAGAGAAGCGAAGGAAUACAGAAUGAAACAGGUUCGAUCUUCUUAUGUUUUUAGGUUUUGGAUGUCAAUCUCAGUUGGUAUAUCCUGAGACUAACCAAACCUCUCUCGCCAUCUCAUUGAUGGAAGCACGUCAUUGAAGCGUGAACAAUUUAGCGUCACAAAUGUGAACAGAAAUUCCAUUGUUCGUCUAUUGCUUGCUCCAUGUAUGUAGUUUAUUAGCAGUUGAAUUCAGUGAUUUCGAAACUCCAGGUUUUUUACGUUACGACGUUUGUCGAACAAUUGUUUGUCGACGAGAACAAAUAGUUUGUAAAACAAAGACAAAAAAGAAAAAGAAUUUGUUCGACCUGAUAUAUUUUGCAGAUCUACUAUUUUGCAAGCUUAUUUUGUCUCUCUUUUUAUUAAUUCGAAGUGAAGUGUAUCUUCGUCACCAUAGUUGUAAUCGGUGAACAAGAUCUCACGAGUGAUGUAUUCCCUUUCGGUGGUGUGCAAUCAGCGUGAAACAGCGAGAGAAGUGAAACGUAAAUUGAACUGUUCACUUUGAUGAAAGUGUUUCGUUUCACGUGUAGAAUUUGAAGGGAUGAGGACGAGGUUGUUCACGACGGGAGGACACAGUUGCUCCACGUUCCUCGGCCGCAGGAAAUCGACUCCACAAACGCGUCCACCACGAUGAGGGUCAACAUCGAGGGUAUGAGAUGUCAGAGUUGCGUGAAGAACAUCGAAGGGACCAUAGGCAGCCGGCCGGACGUUUUAAGCGUCAAAGUGGACCUGGAGGAGAAGCUCGGUUACAUCGAGUACAAAGCGGAGGAAGUUACGCCCAACGAACUGAUCGAAGCUAUAGAAGACAUGGGCUUCAUCGCUUCGUUACGCAGUACUGACGAGAGCAGCUCCGUCGAGAGGAACCAUGAUAGUCGUUCGUUGAAAUCAGUACUUGCUGUCAAUACUUGCACGAUACACAUCGAUGGAAUGACUUGCAUGUCUUGCGUGAAAACCAUCACCGAAACCUUGUCGGGGAAAACUGGGAUAAAACAGGCGAACGUCAGCUUGGAGGACAAGGAAGCGACGGUUUCUUACAGCGACAAGGAAGUAUCGGCCGAGCAAAUAUCAGGCUUCAUCGAGGAAAUGGGUUUCAACUCGUUCGUUAAAGAGGUGAACGGUAAGGUCCCAGAUGAAAAAACGUCGACGAAGAACACCUCUGCACAGCUUUCCGCGGAGCUUUCUCUGCCAAUGAAUGGGGGCGGUGAUGUGAAGGGGCCUCGGGAUCAAACAGCAAAAUGCCUUCUACACAUAACGGGGAUGACCUGUGCUUCCUGUGUUGUUGCCAUAGAGAAACACUGUAAAAAAUUGUACGGUGUGAAUAGUAUCUUGGUCGCGUUAAUGGCGGCCAAAGCAGAAGUCACGUUCGACCCGGAGAAGAUAAGGGCGGUUGACAUUGCUUCCAGCAUAUCCGAAUUAGGCUUCCCUACCACGUUGAUCGAGGAGCCUGGCACCGGUGAAGGGGAAAUUGAAUUGAAAAUCACAGGUAUGACUUGCGCGUCGUGCGUGAAUAAAAUAGAAUCGACCGUGAAAAAAUUGCCAGGCGUCCAUUUGGCCGCAGUUGCGUUGGCAACUCAGCGCGGCAAAUUCAAAUAUGACGUGGAAAAGAUUGGCGUCAGGGACAUUAUUGAUUGCAUUAAUAAGCUAGGUUUCACCGCGAUGUUAUUCAGCAACAAAGACAAGGAGAACAGAGACUACUUGGAUCAAAGGGAAGAGAUAAACAAGUGGCGGACAGCGUUUUUGGUAUCCUUGAUUUUUGGUAUACCGUGUAUGCUAGCUAUGACGUACUUUAUGGUGAUCAUGUCCAUUGGUAAUAAAACGCACGAAGACAUGUGUUGUGUGGUACCUGGUCUUUCCUGGGAGAAUCUAAUUCUUUUCAUUUUUUCCACGCCAGUGCAGUUUUUUGGCGGCUGGCAUUUUUACGUUCAAGCGUACAAAGCUUUGAAACAUGGUACAACGAAUAUGGACGUCUUGAUUUCCAUGACUACCACUAUAUCCUAUUUGUAUUCAGUCGCCGUACUUACAGCAGCCAUGAUAAUGCAGGCACACGUCAGCCCUCAGACGUUUUUUGAUACUCCUCCAAUGUUGUUAGUGUUCAUUAGUUUAGGAAGAUGGUUGGAACACGUUGCAAAGGGUAAAACUUCGGAAGCUUUAUCGAAAUUAUUGUCGUUGAAAGCAACGGAUGCGGUCCUGAUCACGCUGGGUCCAAACAAUGAAAUAUUAUCCGAGCGUUUGAUCAGUAUAGACUUAGUACAACGCGGCGACAUCCUGAAAGUGGUUCAAGGUGCUAAAGUUCCCGUUGACGGUAGAGUUAUAUCGGGUAACUCCACCUGCGACGAGAGUUUGAUCACCGGCGAGAGCAUGCCUGUGCCGAAAAAGAAAGGAUCGAUCGUAAUAGGCGGCUCGAUAAAUCAGAACGGGCCCCUUCUGAUCCAAUGCACGCAUACGGGAGAGCACACGACGUUAGCACAAAUUGUACGAUUAGUGGAAGAGGCGCAGACGAACAAGGCUCCUAUUCAACAUUUAGCCGAUAAGAUAGCGGGCUACUUUAUCCCUCUUGUUAUAGCCGUCUCUAUAGUGACUCUGCUCGUUUGGAUAAUCGUGGGAUAUGUGAAUAUAAACAGUUUACCGAUCUCGCACAGCGAUCAGAUCAAUAAGCACGGGAUGAACAGAGAAGAGAUUAUAUUUCAAUACGCUUUCCGAAGCGCGCUAUGCGUACUAGCGAUCGCUUGUCCGUGCGCGUUAGGAUUGGCGACGCCGACUGCCGUUAUGGUUGGUACUGGAGUCGGAGCGCUGAACGGUAUCUUGAUAAAGGGCGCCGAACCGUUGGAAAAUGCGCACAAAGUGAAAUGUAUCGUGUUUGACAAGACCGGGACGAUAACGCAUGGCGUGCCGAUGGUAACGAAAAUAAAUCUUUUCGUAAAUGAAACGGUUUGCUCGCUGGCAAGGUUCUUGGUCAUUAUUUGCACGGCUGAAACGAAUAGCGAGCAUCCAAUCGCAUCAGCGAUUGUUCGGUACGUGAAGGAGACAAUAGGUUCCGAAGCAACUGGCCAGUGUAUGAAUUUUCAAGCAGUCGCCGGCUGUGGACUGAAAUGCAAAGUGUCGCAUAUCUCGACGAUGUUAGCAGAGGCGUUGAAGUCUGAGAAAAUUCUGAACUACGUCAACGAGGUUAAGAGAUUACCUUCAUCCGGGAUGCAUGUUUUGAACAGCGUGUCGAUUGAUGUUACGCCAGUUACGAGCACCGGUCAAGGGAGGCAAAACUUGGAACUGUUGCUAAGUCCGGAUUCUCACGGUGAUCAAACCAGCCCCGAUGAUGUGUAUGAAAUUUGCAUCGGCAACAGAGAGUGGAUGCGAAGGAACGGUAUAAAUAUACCGCAAGAGGUGGAGUCGAAAAUGACCGCCGAGGAAGAUUUAGGGAACACUGCCGUUUUAGCUGCGGUGAAUAACGUACUGAUAGCUAUGAUCAGCGUAGCCGACACUGUUAAACCGGAAGCCCAUCUGGCGAUUUACACUUUGAAAAAGAUGGGUUUAGAAGUGAUACUUCUGACAGGAGACAAUAGAAAGACUGCAGUUUCCAUUGCCAGACAAGUUGGUAUUACUAGAGUAUUUGCAGAAGUGUUACCCUCGCACAAAGUUGCAAAAAUCCAGCGUUUGCAGGAUCAGGGCUUGAGAGUUGCGAUGGUGGGAGAUGGUGUCAAUGAUAGUCCUGCUCUUGCGCAAUCGGACGUUGGAAUUGCAAUAUCUUCCGGUACAGAUGUUGCUGUUGAAGCUGCCGACGUUGUCCUCAUGCGAAACGAUCUUCUAGAUGUCAUCGCGUGUCUGGAUUUAUCGAGAAAGACAGUUCUUCGAAUAAGGCUGAACUUCUUGUUUGCUAGUAUCUAUAAUCUGUUGGGCAUUCCUAUCGCUGCGGGAAUAUUUAGUUCUUUUGGAUUCUUCCUUCAACCUUGGAUGUCAUCGGCGGCAAUGGCGUUGAGCUCGGCAUCUGUCGUUGGUAGUUCUUUGUUGUUGAAAUUGUAUCGUAAGCCGACGAAGGCUACUUUAGAAACGCCAGAAUACUUAUCAGCGAUGCACGCUCAUUCUACCGCAACAAUGAUCGACUUAGACACGAUAUCGCUUCAUCGUGGUUUAGAUGAUUCUGUAAUACCUAUUAUGCAUAGAUCAACAUCGACAUUGUCCAGGCUAUUUAGGAGAUCUAAGGACGAUAUAGAAGGUCGACUUCUAAAUGAGGAUAUCGAUGAAAUUGAUUUGGUAACAGACUUUUCUGGUUAUCGAAAAAAUAUAAAGGACCAUACAAAUAUAACACCCUUAUGACUUGUAAGAAUAUUAUUACACGUAUUAUUUGUUAGUUUGCGUGCGUGU